AUGUUGGGAAACUGUUUCGGCAGUGAUACUCUAAAGAAAACAGCCGUUUAUGAGUGGCAUGAAUGCUUCAAAAGUGGUCGUGAAUCCGUCGAGGAUGACGAACGUAGUGGCAGGCCGUCGAAAACCGAUGAAAACAUCAAUAAAAGAGCUGGCAGAGGACUUAAACAUUUCUUAUGGAUCAAUUUAGGACAUUGUAUUAAUGGUUUAGGUUUACGCCGUGUUGCUGCAAAGCUGAAUCAGACCCAACAUUCAUCAAACGCAUCAUUACUGGAGACGUGGGUUUAUGAGUACGACAUGCAAUCCAGACAUCAGGCGAGUGAAUGGAAAGCUUCAAAGCCAAGACCAAAAAAAUCACGUUUUCAAUCGAAAAAGAAAGCGAUGCUCACGGUUUUCAUGGAUUACAAGGGUAUUGUACAUUAUGAAUUUUUGCCAGAAGAUCAGACAGUUAAUAAGGAGUAUUAUUUGGGCGUUAUGAGAUGUUUGCGUGAAGCAGUUCGCCAAACAAGAAAGGAUUUGUGGGCAAAUAACUCGUGGAUUUUGCAUCAUGAUAACGCACCGUCGCACAGUGCCAUCAUUAUCCGUGAAUUUUUGACCAAGAAUGAAACGAAUACUAUCCAACAGCCAUUGAAUUCACCUGAUAUGGCUCCCUGCGAUUUUUUUCUAAAGAUCUCCGCAAAAGAGGUUUACAAGCUCUCAUCGCCCAGAACUCAUUUCUUGGAUCUCAUCGCUCAGAACUCAUUUCUUGGAUUGGAUUUCCGAAGGCUGCGAUGGGGCGCCUGCGACAACCAGACAGCUCGUUUGAAGUACAAGGCCGGCAAUGGUCUGGCAGCGCUUGUUUAA